CCCGUCGCAUACCGGUCCGACAGUCUUGACCCGUCCGCACGUCUCGCAGUAACGCGCACGUGCACCGCCGACCGUCAUCGCACCACCGCCGCCGCAGUCCGCCGCUGCAGCUGGCCCGACACAAGCAUUCCGCUACGCGUUCGUCCACGGCACCGGUACGUUUACAGAAACAGCGUGGACACACAUUAAUUUAUCAUGGCUCUCACGGUACUUUCAACUCAUUUGUACCCCUUGGAAAACGCGUUGGAACAUCACGCAGACCGUUUCGAGCUGCUUCAAGAUGGAUCGACGGCCAUACUUCGCCGUGGUCAACCGUUUUAUUUGGGAAUAAAAUUUAACAGACCGCUGGACAAAGUUAUGGAUAUCGUCAGAAUUGUUUUUGUGACAGGACCUGCCCCGGCUCCGGCCAAGGGCACGAGCGCCGCACUGAUCAUCAAGGAGAAACCCGAACUCGUCCAAGAUAAAUGGGACGCUCGAUUCAGCAACAUUACCGGGUCUACCAUCACCGUACAGGUGCAAAUACCGCCGUACGCACCCGUCUCCGUGUGGAAGAUAAUCGUGCACACAGCUCGGAAGGGUGCGGCCGGAGUCAAUCAACAUCAAAUUGAAACGCCCGUCUACGUGCUGUUCAACCCCUGGUGUUCGAGUGAUAGCGUUCACAUGAAUGACGAAGACCAGUUGAACGAGUACGUACUCAACGACAACGGCAAGGUGUGGCAAGGCACUUACAAAGAACCCAAAGGAUACCAAUGGUUCUUCGGGCAGUUCGAAGCAGUUGUCCUGCCGUCGAUCAUGAUGUUAUUGGACCGUUCGUCUAUCCCGCACCAGGACAGAGCUGACCCUGUGAAAAUGGCUAGAACCAUUUCGGCUAUCACGAACAAUGUAGAUGACAACGGUUUGAUUGAAGGCAAGUGGGACGGUUCGUUUGAGGACGGAACUAGUCCGUUCGCGUGGAUAGGUAGCACACCGAUUUUUGAAGAGUUUUACAACACACAAUUGCCAGUGAAAUACGGACAAUGUUGGGUGUUUUCCGGAGUGAUUGUGACGAUUUGCAGGGCCCUGGGACUUCCGUGCCGGUCGGUGACCAAUUACAUGUCAGCCCACGACACGAACGCUAGUUUGACCAUCGAUACGUAUAUCGACGUGACGGGCGAAAAGCUCAACAACCAUCCUGGCAGCUACACGAACGACUCGUGUUGGAACUUUCACGUGUGGAACGACGUGUGGAUGGACAGACCCGACCUGGCCCACGGUUACGGAGGAUGGCAGUCCAUUGACGGCACACCGCAGGAGACGAGCGAUAGCAUGUACAGAUGCGGUCCAGCGCCCGUCGAAGCUGUCAGGCGAGGCGAAGUCAACGUUGGGUUCGACACGACUUUUGUUUACACGGAAGUUCGAGCCGACAUGUGCGUUUUCAAAGAAUCCGAAGACGGGUUUUGGGCAAGAGUGAAAACCAUACCAAAUUACGUCGGUAAGCUGAUUGUGACAAAAAAAAUUGGUGAAGAAGUACUGCCCGAAAUCGAGGACAUGGAAGACAUCACCGAGAUCUAUAAAAACCCAUACGACUCGCCGGAAGACAAAAUAGCCGUGAAAAAAGCAAUCAAGGUGGUGCCGAUCGCUCAGGAGAUUUAUGACUUGGAAGAUACGCAGGUCGAGGAUGUCGUUUUCAAAUUGUUCGAUAUCGAAAAGAUCACUCUGGGCGAAAGCUUCAAGAUCGCAAUCAGCGUAUACAACACGUCACCGGAACCGCGGUCCAUUUCCAUCGUGCUGUCCGCGUCAUCGAUACUGUACACCGGCACCACGAUUCACAAGCUGAAAAGAAGCCAAGCUAACAUCGUCUUGAAACCCAAUCAGAAGGAAAACAUCCAUACGUACGUGAAACCAUCGGAGUACAUGAACAAGCUGUCGGCACACAGUCUGAUCAGAAUAACUGCCGUGGCCAACGUCCUGACCACUGAACAGUUGUGGAACCAAGACGACGAUUUCGUAGUGGAAAAACCACAGCUCUCCAUCACGCUUAACUCCCAGCCGCGAUUGAACCAACCGUGCGAAGCAACGUUCUCUUUUACCAACCCACUCUCCGUCACCUUAACCGACUGCACGUUCAGCGUCGAAGGACCAGCCAUUCAUCGAGUGAUCAAAUUCAGAGACGUUUUGCCCGAUGAAAAGAAUGUCACCCACAGAGAAGUGUUUACGCCGGAAAAAAAUGGAUCGCGCACUGUAACAGUAUCUUUCAACUCCGCGCAGAUCAACGACAUCAAAAACACGAUUACUGCCGAAGUGUUAUAA